GUGUGUAUAUAAAGUGUGAGUGUGUACAUAAGUGUCUAUGUGUGUGCCUGCGUGGGUAUGAAGACUUUUACUUACUAAUAAGAGAAGAAAAGCACACGUCAGCAUGCUGUUAGAGCUCUUCAUCACCCUCCUCCUCAUCAGCAGUAAGGUGUUGGGGGACACAAGUUCCUCUGAAGAAGAAGAAAAUGAACAUGAGGAUGGGCAUAAGAAAAGUUCAUCCCAUAGCAAUCACUGGGGCUAUCAAGAUCAGAGAUCAUGGCUGAGUGCUUUUGAAAAAUGCAAUGGAAAAUCCCAGUCUCCUAUUGACAUUGUGACUAGAGACGUCAGCUACGAUCCCAGUUUGCCUGAUAUAAAAGUACAGGGUUAUGAUUUAAGUGGUCAAUCUGAACUGACACUGCAAAACAACGGUCACACUUUGCAGCUCCAGUUGCCCAGCACCAUGCGUAUAGUUGAAGGAUUCGACCAGAUCUACUUGGCAGCCCAGCUGCAUUUCCACUGGGGGAACACGGAGGUUCCUGGUUCAGAGCACACCAUUGAUAAUGUUCACUUCCCUGCUGAGAUCCAUGUGGUUCAUUAUAACUCUAAAUACACCAGCAUCAAAGAGGCUGCAAGCAAACAAGAUGGACUUGCUGUGUUAGGAGCCUUCAUUGGGAUUGGUCUUCAUGAGAAUGAAAACUAUGAAAAAAUCCUGUCUGUAAUUAAAGACGUUAGCACCGAGGAGUCGGACACUAAGAUCCCAAGUUUUAAUGUCCGUCACCUUUUGCCAAACAGUUUGAAGAAGUUUUACAGAUACAGUGGGUCGCUAACAACUCCGCCGUGCUUCCAGUCAGUAAACUGGACCGUAUUCAAUGACACAAUCACAGUCUCAAGGAAACAGCUCGCUGCUCUGGAGGAGACCCUGAAAGCAGGACACAACCAGAGCUUGUCCCGAAACUUCAGAGCUCCACAAAAUCUUUAUGGAAGACGAGUCCUGGCCUCUUUCCCUACUUCACAUACUGCAAGUGGUGGACUAUCCAGAGGCGAUAUCUUGGCCAUUGCCUUUGGAGCCUUGUUUGCUCUGACUUUGCUCUGUUUCUCCAUGUAUGCUUAUCGACAGCGGCAAAAACACUCAAAAUCUAACCCUGACUCCAGACAAAAUGUUAUUUAUAAACCAGCGACCAAAGAAGAUGUGUAGACCUGCCAUGUGUGAUUUGAUGUCAGACAAAAAAAAAAAAAGUCAUAUUUAUACUGAAAAACAUUGUUGGAGUUGCUGUAAAGACACUAAUGAAUGUGAAAUAGAAGAACAGCAUUUUAACCCCUUUAAACUCCGAGGAUCUGUUGAUGACUUAUACGUGUCACUCCUGUAACUACUGCAGUUACUGAAUAACAUGAUUUAAGAUGAAUAACAACUAAGUUGGGAAAUUAAGGGGUUAAAAAAAGGACAUGUCUUGAGGGGUUUUUUUUUUAAUUCAAAAAGAAAAGAUAUAAUCCUGUUGUCCCACUGAGAAAGAAGACCACUCAUCUGGUCUCUUCCAUUUUUUUGCUGUAUAUAAAUGUAUUUUACUGUUGUAUGGUGGAAUUUGACACAGUCUUAUCCUUGACCUAUUUAUGACCAUUUUCUACUUUCUUAGUGCCAUGUUUAAAUUAGGCACCCAAUUAUCUAGUAUCAAAUUGGUGUUCAUACUACUAAUGGUCUCUGAAACGCACAAAAACAACUACUCAGUGAAUCCAGACAAAUAAAAUGUCUUCAUGUUUCUAAUGUAUAGUACUGUGUAAAAGUUUAGGCACCCUUUUUUUUUUUUUUUUUUUUUUUUUGUACAAACUUUGUUAUAGAUUUGUAUUGUAUCGACUUCUACAUCAUCAUGUCAGUAACAUUAGUUUUCUAUCACAAAAUAAAAUGUUACAGAAAAAUGUUUGUACGUCAUUAAAGAAAGCAGCAUAUAAUGUAAUAGAGACUUUUCAGACCCCAAAAAAAAAAAAAAACACACAACAACGGCUGCUGGGUUUCGCUGCAAAAACAAGAGGCAAGUGCGACAGUCAAAGUCUCCAGAAGAAGCGUGACUGCUUCUGCAACAUGCUCAAUAAAACUUACAGCUCAUAUCCUUAUAAAACGGCACUAAUUUUCACACCAAAAUGUCACACCAAAUAUUGACUUUGUUUCAUUUACUACUGUUUAUUGCUCUUUAUGGUAUUUUUUUAAAACGUAGAAACAUUUCAUUUCAUUCUUUUGGAGGCAUUUUUACGCUACAGCAUUUCUUUGCAUGUGCCUACAACUUUUGCACAGUAUUGUAAGUGGUGAAAUUAGCACCUAAUUCAAGACAGAUCUUACACUGAUGGGACACAAGACAUUACAAGCAUUGGCAGGGGAAAAAAACAUUUAACAAACCACUGAGGAGUUUCACACGGUCAAACAGAAUGGCAAAGAAUAGACAUAAAUGGACAAACUGACGCGUCUGUUUGACUAAACAUGGUGACUGAGCAAAGUAUUCACUAUGUAAUCAUUGUAAUGUAACCACCAUUUGUGAAUCAUUCGCUCCAUUUACAAUGACAACAUCUAUUCAGCUGCAAUCUGAUGACAAAUUUGCCAGAUCAGUUCAUGCAAGAGCAUGAACUUUGUCCAAACUGCCCGUUAUCAUAUAGUAAAUUAAAGCCUCAAGCAGGAAAUGUAAGCUGCUGAUUUGCCACCCUGUGAUACUGCAAUCAAAGACUCUUAUACACGACAGCAACGUUUAUAGGGACAGUUUUCUUUAAACUACCCGUCUUGUAUCCUUGCCCAAAAGCAUUUAUUUGAUGCCUGUAGGAAUACCAUAAAGUAAUAAAGAUACAAAUGAAUUAUCUUUCUAUUUCCAGAACUAA